AGGCAGACUGACAGUAUGGCGGCGGGGUGCAGCUGGAAGGAUGCUACUGUCGCCCGUGAUGUGUCUAUCGCCGGCAGGACGUAAAUGGACUAUUGACGGCGAAAAGAGAAGAGGAUUUAGCGAGAAAGGCCUGUCGCCGUGAGCUCCCAAGAUGGCCAGGCUCGCCGACUACUUUGUUGUGGUCGGUUACGACCUCGACAAGCGAGUGGAGGGUGAAGGUCAAGGUCGCAUUCUCCAGCGGUUUCCUGAGAAAGACUGGGAGGACAGCCCAUUCCCACAAGGCAUAGAGCUGUUCUGUCAGCCCAGUGGUUGGCAGCUGGUUCCCGAGCGGCAGCCAGCCUCCUUUUUUGUAGCGGUUUUGACUGACAUCAACUCGGAACGUCACUACUGUGCCUGCUUCACCUUCUGGGAAGGCCUAGACAACCCGCAGCUGCAGAAGGCUGAGGCCAGCGAGGCGGAUGAAGCAGAUGAGGAGCUAGCUGUCAUCCAACCAACUAAGGUCUUCGGCCCAAAGAGCCUGGUGCUUGUGUCCCGUCUGGAUUACACUGAGGUGUUCAGGAACUGCCUGGGUCUGAUCUACACCGUCCAUGUAGAUGGCCUGUCUGUCCCCUUGGAAACAGUGAUCGGAAAUCUCCUCACCUGUGUCAUCCCCAUCGCUGGAGGCUCCCAGAUAGAUGAAUCCACAGUUUGUAGUUUAGACAAAGUUCCUCAGGCCCUGGCCUGUGACUGGCUGCUGGCCUGUCUCCAGCCGGGCCUGGAGGAGAAAGAGGAGAGUUUGAGGACUAUAACAUUAGGUGCUGGCGACCGGCAAGUUAUCCAGACUCCCAUCAACGACUCCCUUCCUAUCAGCGGCAGCAGCGUGGCACAGCUCUUCAGACAGCUCGGUAUAGUCAACGUGCUGUAUCUGUUCUGUGCAGCCCUGACGGAGCAUAAGAUCUUGUUCCUCUCCAGCAGCUACCAGAGACUAACAGAUGCCUGCCGAGGACUGCUGGCCAUCAUGUUCCCCCUCAAAUACAGUUUCACUUAUGUUCCCAUCUUACCGGGAAAACUACUAGAGGUCUUGAGCACGCCCACCCCCUUCAUCAUCGGUGUCAAUUCAUUCUUCCGCUCUGAGACACAAGAACUGUUGGAUGUGAUCAUCGCUGACCUGGACGGAGGCACGGUCACCAUCCCUGAGUGUGUCCAUAUCUCCCUGCUACCUGAACCUCUCCUACAGCAGACCCAGACUGCACUCUCCAUGGUUUUGGAUCCAGAGCUGGAAGUCGCUGAUCAUGCCUUCCCCCCACAGUCCACGCAACCUUCUGCACUGAAGAUCCAGGAUAAGGAGAUCCGAGGUGUCUUCCUGUGGCUGUUCGCUCGGCUCUUCCAGGGCUACCGCUGGUGUUUACAUAUCAUUCGCAUUCACCCUGAACCUGUGAUCCGCUUCCAUAAGGCUGCCUUCCUGGGCCAGAGGGCACUGACUGAGGACGACUUCCUCAUGAAGGUGUUGGACGGCAUGGCGUUUGCAGGCUUCGUGUCAGAGAGGGGGCCUCCCUACAGGGCCACUGACCUGUUUGAUGAGCUGGUAGCCAACGAGGUGGAGCGGAUACGACAAGAGGAGGCCUGUCCACACAAAGUCCUAAACCAUGUCAAGGAGCUUGCAGAGCAGCUCUUCAAAAACGAGAACCCCUACCCUGCUGUGGCCAUGCACAAAGUCCAGCGACCAUCAGAAAACAGCCAGACCUCCACACAGAAUCAGACACCCUUUCCGGUGCUGGACGACGUUGCGGUGCAGCUCUUCAUCGAUCAUGCUGCUGCCAAGCUCAAGACUGCUCCUCCUGUGGUCAAGGCAGAGGUCAAGGGCAUGGUGCCAUCAGGGCCUCCACUGGGAGAUAUUGUGGACAGAAAUGGCAACGUGAUGGCUAACAGCGCACGUAGGCUGGAGGUGGUUAGGAACUGCAUCACAUACAUCUUUGAGAACAAAAUGCUGGAGGCCAAGAAGUUAAUGCCAGCUGUACUGCGUGCGUUGAAGGGUCGGGCAGCCCGAGUUUGUUUGACCCAGGAGCUCAAUCAGCACGUCCUACAGAACCGAGCAGUGCUAGAUGACCAACAGUUUGACUACAUUGUCCGCAUGAUGAACUGCACCUUACAGGACUGUUCUCAUAUAGAUGAACAUGGUAUUGCAGCUGCCCUCCUUCCACUGGUCACAGCCUUCUGCAGAAAAAUGGGAGCAGGCAUCACUCAGUUUGCCUACAGCUGCGUACAAGAGCACAUGGUGUGGACCACCAUGCAGUUCUGGGAGGCAAUGUUCUACAGCGACGUCCAGAACCACAUCAGGGCUCUGUACCUGGAGACAGAAGAUGGAGAGCAGCAGAACAACUCUGAGCAGCAGGACGGGUCAGGCAACGGAAGGGAAAUCAGCGCCCUGGAGCUGGCAUCAGAGCAGAGUCGCCUGUGGCCGACGCUCAGCAAGGAAAUGCAGACAGAGCGUGUGCAGAAGGAGGAGAGCACUGUGUUCAGCCAGGCCAUCCACUAUGCCAACAGGAUGAGCUACCUGCUGCUGCCGCUGGACACCAGCAAGAACCGUCUGCUGAGGAGUUCUGGUCUCGGAGAUGUGGAGAGCGUCAGCAACAGCUACGUCACAAACAGUAUUGCAGGCAGCAUGGCGGAGAGCUACGACACAGAGAGUGGCUUUGAAGAUGCUGAGAGCUCAGAUGUGGCCAACUCUGUGGUGCGCUUUAUCAACCGCUUUGUAGAUAAAGUGUGUAAUGAGAGCGGCGUGACGAACGAGCACCUUAAGGCUCUCCACACCAUGAUACCAGAUAUUGUUCAGAUGCACAUCGAGACGUUAGACGCAGUCCACAGGGAGAGUAAAAGAUUGCCUCCGAUCCAAAAGCCCAAGCUGCUGAGGCCGACUCUGUUGCCUGGUGAGGAGCUGGUGAUGGACGGCAUGCGAGUCCAUCUCAUCCCUGAUGGUCGUGAGGAGGCCACAGGGCUGAUGGGAGGUCCGCCUCUACUACCCGCCGAGGGCGCCAUCUUUCUCACUACCUACCGCCUCAUUUUCAAGGGCACACCUACCGACCCGCUGGUGGGUGAGCAGGUAGUGACUCGCUCCUUCCCCAUCGCCUCUCUGACCAAGGAGAAGAGGAUCUCCGUCACAUUAACCAUGGAUCAGUUUGUCCAAGAGGGGCUCCAGCUACGAUCCUGCACCUUCCAGCUAAUGAAGAUUGCAUUUGAUGAGGAGGUUGCAUCAGACCUGGCUGAGGUUUUCAGGAAGCAUGUUCACAAGCUGCGUUAUCCUCAACAUGUCCAGGGCACCUUUGCCUUUACGGUGGGUCAGUGUGGCAAGAUGGUGGUGGAGCACAAGACCAAGGACAAGAACCAGUCGCUCAAGACACUUUCUAAAAACCUGGUGAAAACUGCAAAGAGGACCAUUGGCCGGCAGUAUGUGACCAGAAAGAAGUAUUCUCCCCCCACCUGGGAGAACAGGAGCAGCUUCCAGUCGGAACUCGAUGAGGACGAAAUCUCAGUGUCAGAGGAAGUGGAACAGAGCACCCUCACCCUCUCCUCCACCAUCCGCUCAUCAGACAGGCAGACCAUGAGCAACGUUGUGGAGCGGGCCUGUUGUCGUGACUACCAGCGUCUGGGUCUGGGCACACUCAGUAACAGCCUGACACGUUCGAAGAACGAGCCUUUCAGGAUUUCGACUGUUAACCGCAUGUACACCGUCUGCAGGAGCUACCCCGGCCUCCUCAUCGUCCCUCAGAGCAUCCCAGACUCGACUAUCCAGAGAAUCUCCCGCUGCUACCGACAAAACCGCUUCCCUGUGGUGUGCUGGAGGAAUUCACGAACCAAGGCUGUCCUGCUGCGCUCAGCAGGCCUCCACGCUAAAGGGGUGGUGGGCUUCUUCAAGUCCCCCAACGCUUCCACUGCAGUGCCCUCCCAGGCAGAUUCCACCAGUCUGGAGCAAGAGAAGUACAUGCAGGCCAUCAUCAGCUCCAUGCCUUCUUACAGUGAGAGCAGCGGCAGGAACACCCUGAGCGGCUUCACCUCCAUACAUAUGAACAACUCUGACUUUUCAGAUAAGCUGAGGCAGCCCAAGAUUGGAGCUCUGAUGAAGCAGGUGAUGGGCUCCAAGGAUGACGUCCCUGGAACCUUCAGCAGAGGAGCUCUGGGUCAAAGGGCGAAAGUCAUCUCCCUCUCUCAGCCCAAAGUGUCUGGCAAGGCCAGGAACCCUCCUAGAGGUAAAUGGGGCAGUAUCCGAGGCAGUGGACGUCUAAGUGCCUACAACCCAGACGUGGGGACACGUCUGGCUGGAAAAGAGUCUCCACAGCCCAACGGAGGGCCUAGUGAGGCUCUGUUCCUCCGCCAGCAGAAGGCCUACCUCUACAUCAUCGGGGACAAGGCCCAGCUCAAGGGAGGCAAGCAGGACUCGUUCCAGCAGUGGGAGGUGGUCCCCAUCGAUGUGUGUGACGUUCGGCAGGUGAAGAACAGCUUCAAGAAGCUGAUGAAGGCCUGCGUGCCAAGCUCUUCCACCUCUGACCCCAACAUGAGCUUCCUGCGCUGCCUGGAGGACUCUGAGUGGAUGGCUUUGCUGCACAGGGUGCUGCAGGUGUCUGUCCUGGUGGUGGAGCUUCUGGACACGGGCUCGUCAGUCAUGGUCAGUCUGGAGGACGGCUGGGACGUCACUACACAGGUGGUGUCCCUGGUGCAGCUGCUGUCUGAUCCCUACUACAGAACCUUUGAUGGUUUCCGGCUGCUGGUGGAGAAGGAGUGGCUGUCGUUUGGUCACAGGUUCAGUCACCGGGGAGCCCAGACUCUGGGCAGCCAGAGCAGCGGUUUCACCCCCGUCUUCCUGCAGUUCUUGGACUGUGUACAUCAGAUCCACCUCCAGUUCCCCAUGGAGUUUGAGUUCAGUCAGUACUACCUGAAGUUCUUGGCCUACCACUAUGUGUCCAACCGCUUCCGCACAUUCCUGCUCGACUCAGACUACGAGCGCAUUGAGCUGGGAGUGCUGUAUGAGGAGAAAGGAGAGAGGAAGAGUCCUCAGGUGUGCAAGUCUGUGUGGGAUUACAUCGACAGGCUCAACAAGAAAACACCCAUUUUCUACAACUACAUGUUCUCUCCUGAAGACGACGAGGUGCUGCGGCCGUACACCUUCAUCUCCAACCUGAAGGUCUGGGACUUCUACAUGGAGGAGACUCUGUCAGAGGGGCCCUCAUACGACUGGGAGCUGAGGGGCCGGCAGGAGCGAGUGGCAGAGGAGACGGCUGAUAAACCUGAAACCACUGGCCCUAAAUCACAGCGGCGCAUUGUGUGGCCGUGUUACGACAGCCUGAGUAAGGUGGUGCCCGACGCCAUCACCAAGCUGCUGCAGGACCUGCAGAGUCUGGAAGCUGAGCUUGGACAGACGUCGGAGAAGUGGAAGGACACGUGGGACAAAAUCAAGACCACGCAGAGAACUGAGACCAAACUGGAGAGCAAGCCGUCGUUCUCCAGCUCCCUCCUGAUGUCGUCCAACCUGAGCCAUCAGCGGCGUUCUCAGGGCGUCUACCUGCAGGAGAGCGGUGUGGGCUCCUCCAUCAACCUGGCUCUGGACUGCGAGGCCAGCGCCACUUCCACGCCGGUCGCAGGCCGGCCGAGCACCAGCACACUCUAUAGCCAGUUCCAGAGCACCGAGAGCGAGAACAGGAGUUUUGAAGGCAUUCUGUUCAAGAAAGGGGCGUUGUUGAAACCAUGGAAACCUCGGUGGUUUGUGCUGGAUAAGACCAAACAUCAGCUGAGAUACUACGAGACCAGACAGGACAAGGAGUGUAAAGGAGUGAUUGAGCUGGCUGAUGUGGAGUCUGUCACAGCAGGGACGCCUGCCAUGGGAGCACCCAAAAACAUUGAGGAGAAAGCCUUUUUUGAUCUCAAGACGACCAAACGAGUGUACAACUUCUGUGCCCAGGACAGCCUGAACGCACAGCUGUGGAUGGACAGUGUUCAGAGCUGCCUGUCAGACGCCUAAAGAGGAGGCGGGACUCUUUCAGGAGCAAGAGCAACCUUGAACGAAUGAGCAGUGCAGCGGCACCUGACGGACAUCUCUGCUGGCCAGCCCCAGCAGAACAGGGAGGGGAAGGGGCCUUUCACCACUUAAGCUCUGUUCUGUUCUCUAGUGUUGAACUAAUAACCUGCGUCACAAUGUUUCAGUGUUUUUGUUAGAAAAAAUAAAGAAGAAAAAAAAAAACGUCCCAGAAGAACCACUGGCUGUCGUAGCUGCAGCCUCUCACCUCCCCAGCAGUCUGACCACUAUGUGACCACGCUGGAUGUCUGUAUGCUGAUCAAAGCACGUUGUUGCGUUUCUGUGAGGCGUCCUGCAGCUUGGCCCAGCAUGAAGAUCCUUCCAGAGCCUCCACCUGUAAACCUGCACCCGCUCUCCCUACAACUAACCGCUGGCCCUUAACAACACUUUGGGGAGGAAUGACGGAGGAGCUGCAGUCGGCCCGGCUGCCUACAGAACUGGUUAGACGGCUCCGGAAAAGGAUCUAAAAGACCAACUGGUGGGUUGACGGACCAAAAAAAGCCUUGAGGAACAGAAAGGUCCUCGGAGGCUUCUGCUCUUUGCCUCUCACUGCCUGAUGGAGCCUCAGUGUAGGAGGGGCUGUGGGGGAGGGAGGGGCUCAUCAACGGUUCAUGAAGGAUUUUCUUUUAUUUUCCUUUUUCAAAAAUCUCAAGUUUGUUCCAGAAAGAGAUCAACGCUCGUCCGCUGUCCUCGGCAGGCGGCGACAUACUGUGAAAGCCAUGAAUCAGUGGUAGAGAUCAAAUCAGGAGAGCCAGUGGGAGAUUAGAGCCCGUCAGGUAUUGAGAGUGUCGGUGAACUUUCACUGAGAGUGUUUACAAAGUAGAUGAACUUCCCUCACUAAGCUAACUCUGCUCUGCAGCCACGUUUUAAACAACCACUAGAACAGCUGCUUUUCUUCACUUCACACUUUUAAGGGAUGCUGAAGGAAACAGGAGGGAUUUAUUUAGUAAUGAUGUCAUAAAACAAUCUAUAGAAGGAGAUGUGGAAGGUUUAGAGGAGGGAUACUAACGAACAGUGAUAUUAUGGGAUGCUUCAGAGAGACUACAGUUUUUAGAGAUACACAUGGACUCACUGAGUGUUGGAAACAGGAUGUUUGUUAAAGGAAAAUUCUGCUGUUUUUGAGCUGCAUGUUAAUAAUUGUGUCAUUCUGACUGUGGAUCAGCAUUUCUGACUUCUGAGGAACAUUCUAGAGGUUGACAGAUAGGAGCGAUACCAAUCAUCAGUAAAAUAACUGUACCCUGGUCAGGCUGGAAUUGGUUGAUCCUGGAGUGUACAGUUGGUCCAGACAGGCAGUGUCCCUGAACCUGGGUUCACUACAGGAGGUUUAGAAUAAAUCUGGCCUGGGAUCUUGGUCUGAACCACAUUAUCUUGUAAUGUGGGGGUUCAUAGAUCAGUCUGGAACCUUCUGAACUACUCAGGCUCCUCAGGGCCCUCAUAAUAUCACACAUCUUUAACAUUUGUGAGCUAAAUUAGAUUCUCACAGGAGUGCCAGCAGCUACACCAUGAACAUUUCAGCUACAGAUAAUAAAGCUGACAGUUAAAAUUUCACCUCCAUUUCUCAAUGAAAAACUGCAUUUGUUUACCACAUCUAAGAAACCUUUUAGUCUUCUGCAGUAGUUCUAACUGCAAAUUAUUAUUAACGUUUCAUCCAGUUGCUCCGUAGAGCCCAUUUUAUUUACAUCUGCUGCCCCAGGAACUCACCUGAUCAGGAGGUGCUGCUCCCUGAUUCUAGCACAGCAGUCUGAACACCCUGAAGCAUGGGAUGGACUUUGGUUUUGAACCUUGCAUGUGUUCGGUCUGAGAUUAGAGAGUUUCUCCUCAUGUUUCUGAUGCAGUCCAAACUCCUGCAGUGUGACUCUGUCCUAAGUAAGGCUGAGUUAGUAGUACAAGUUCCUCAACCCUUGAAGGAACUUUGAUUUCUUCUGAUAUUCGUUCAAGACUGGAGGUGCAUGUUUUCCACACACAGGUGAUGAGAGGUUCAAAAAUAGCAGAGUUUUCCUUUAAUGGCGCUGGGUUGGUGAACGUCAUAUGGACCAGUUCCUUCACAUCCUCCGGUGUCUCAGAUUGAACCGGACGGAGGUCCUGUUUCUGCUGAAGCUUGUACAUAGACGAAUGUCCAUCUGUUAGUAGUAGAGGAUCCGUACGUUUAGCUGGAAGCUUUCAAACUUCAGGUCACUAGUUUAUGUCAGUGGUUUGUGCGACUGCCCCUCCACUCCUCCCCUCACUCAAACCACUCUGACCGCCACGUUAACAAACCCUGCUCUGUAAAAUACGGUUCUACUGCUGUCUUUGAACAUAAAAUUUGAAAUUGUAGAAUUUUUUUUUGUUUCUAAUAACUCCUUUGUAUAUACUACUCCAGAUUUGUAUGUAACGUUUAUGGUAGUAAUUUAUUUAACUUGUCUCCUCAGUAAAGAAAGUUCCUCAAGCACCACUUUAUUUUUAAAUUAGGAAUUCAAUGUGCCAUUUGUUUAUUUCUGUAUUAAUGUGACUAAUGCUUUUUUUUUUUUUUUUUUAAAUGUACAAGUAAACCCUUGAUGUCUUCUACUUUUUUUGUAAAAACGGUUGUCCUUACACAACACAAACCGUUAAUGCAAGAGUGGAAAUGGUGUGUUAGUGGCAGAGGGCUGCUUUUAAAGGUUGGUUGGAUUUUACUGUGUUGCUCACCCACAGUGCUGGGAUGUUCUGGAUGGAGACAAUAGUCCAAAUAGAUGUCAGACAUGUCAAGUGUUCCUGCUGCUGGCUUCUGCUAAUGUUGGUUUGAUGCAACGCUUUAGCUCCAGCAAAUAGUCAGUGACCAGAUGGAAAACAUCAAACGUAAAAUUAUGAAUCCAUUGGGAUAUAGUGUGAUAAAGUGGAUAAAAAUACAAGAAAACUAGCAAAUACUCCCAUUUUUUUUGCCUUUUAGUUGCUGACUUAGCUCAGAGGGAAGCCACUAAAGUGUUCCUUCAGAUCAUUUUUCCAUGGUUUUCUAAUAAAAUAGAAAUUUCUUUAGACCAAGAGUAAAUUUAGUCUGUUAUGUUUGCCGUCUUUUCACAAAAUAUUUACUGAUACCCAAUUACACUGAUGUUCAAAAGUUUGGGGUCACCUACAAAUGUCCUUAUUUUUGAAAGAAAAAAAAUUUUUUUCCAAUGAAGAUAACAUUAAUUGAAUCAUAAAUCAGUGUAGACCUUGUUAAUGUGGUGAAUGACUAUUCUAGCUGGAAACGGCUGAUUUUUAAUGGAAUAUCUCCAUAGGGGUACAGAGGAACAUUUCCAGCAACCAUCACUCCUGUGUUCUAAUGCUACAUUGUGUUAGCUAAUGGUGUUGAAAGGCUAAUUGAUGAUUAGAAAACCCUUGUGCAGUUAUGUUAGCACAUGAAUGAAAGUGUGAGUUUUCAUGGAAAACAUGAGAUUGCCUGGGUGACCCCAAACUUUUAAACAGCAGUGUAUAUAUAAAAUUAAAGCUGUUAAUAUUCAGUCAGGAUUUGUGCUGAAUUUCAAAACUUAGUGAUAAAAUCAGUCUCUACAGCUAGAGUGUCUGCAGCUUCACCUCACAUCUUUACUUCCUUUACAACAGCAUCAUUGCUUUAUAGAGACCGACAGUUUUGUGGAGUUCAGCUGACCAACAAAAUUAAAAAGUCCAACAUUCCGAUCAUACUAGAUUCAGAUGACCUUGUGCUUCUUAAAAUAAUCUUCCCCUGAGGAACAGCAGCAGUCUCUGCAGCAUCAGAACCUGUGGGAACGCUCAGAGUGUCCUACUGUUUAGACUGCAGUCCACAUCCAGUCAGCCCAGCUCACCUUUUCACUCUGGUUUACUCAUCUCUCCGUGGUAACGCUCUACAGCACACAACAUUAACCACAACAAUACCACAUAAUCCUUUUUAUUUAUUUGUUCUAUUUUUUUUUUUUUUUUUUUUUUUUUAGAAAUGACCUUCUGAGCCGGGUUAUGUUGUCAAUCAUGUCAAUAUAGCUUUUAGAAUCCAAAUAAAAACUGUGGUUUUAAACGUU